UUGACAUUAGCAAAUCCAGAAAAGUUCCGAAAAACAGCAGCAAUGGCUGCAGCCAGAACAUCAGCGGCAUUAGAAAUAAGAAAGUUGAGAAAGAAACUUCGGCAAAUAGAAAAUUUGGAGAGAAUCGACCGGGAAUUGACAGAUGACGAGUAUUAUAAAAUUGACAAAAAGGAUAAAAUCAGAGAAAGUCUGCUGAGAUUGUUAGCUACGCAAAAUGAGGAUGAGUCUGAAGACAGCAUCACGGCAUCUACAAGGUCAGAGUUCAGUGGUCAAGGUCACAAUACAAGCUCCAUAGCAACAGAUGAUUUCUCCGCCUCCUAUUCUGAAGCAGAUAUUGGUAAUGUUGAGGUGACGGUUAUUGAACAUGAAGAUGAGGACAAUUUUGAACAAAUUGAUGUUGAAGAGAUUGAAGAGCAAGUUGAAAAUAUCGGUAAAAAUGGAGGUGACAUGGUAACAGUUGAGUCUAAAGACACAAGCUUAAGGUCAACUGAAAUUUCAACCUCUCCAAAAUCUGUAUCAGGCACCAGCGAUUCCCAAACAAAGGUCAAAUCUGUAUCAGGCACCAGCGAUUCCCAAACAAAGGUCAAAUCUGUAUCAAGUAUCAGUGAAUCCCCUACAAAGGCAAAAUCUAGUGGUUCACCUUCUAAAAAGAAGUCCAAGAAAAAUGACCAAAAUGACAAAGAUUGUGCCAAGCUGAAGGCUGUUGUCCAGAAGUGGCGCCAGUGUAGAUUUGGUGUUGUGGAAAUGGAGGGUCACAGCGACCUAAUUACAGAUGUUUGUGCAGACGGAAAAUUUCUUGUUUCUGCCAGCCGUGACACAACAUUGAAGCUGUGGGACCUUGAUAGCCUGACAGAGAUCCACAGUUAUGGAGGUCAUACGGGAACGGUUACCUCGGUUAUCAUUCUCAGCAGGGACGAUUCCCUCAAAGUCUGUGAAUCUAUAGACGUCGACGUAGGAGAGAGGAUUGUCAUCAGUAGUUCUCUAGACUGUUCAUUUAAAGUAUGGUCUACGGGACUCGACGUUAUCAUACCGCCAUGUACAGUGAUCAGGGGAGGUCAAUCAUUGCGGUCAGUUUACACCUACAAUCCUGUAACUAAGGUAGCCUUCCAUUCAUCGGCCGGAGCUGUUAUCACAGGAUCAGAUGGCGGGAAAGUGGAACUGUGGAAUGCAAAAAAUGGUGAAAAUAUGGAGAGUAGCAGACAGUUUGAUUCUGCAGUCACUGGACUUAAGCUAUGGCUGAGAGCAGAGAAGGAAACUUUGUAUGUGAUGGGUGAACUCAAAUUUUCUGCAGGCUAUCCCCUGCGAAAGCGAGUUCAUCAUAUCAUGAACCUGUAUACAUGCACCAACAGAAAGCCUUAA